GCGACGUGAACAGCUCUAGAAAGAUCUCAUCGACUGCAGCAAGUGAUUAAAAGUGAUUACAUAUUUUAUAUUAUAAGUUUGAGUAUAAAGACAUGGGUAUCAAAAAAAAAUUAGAAAAAAUGAAGAGCCUUCAUCAAAAGGUCAAUUGGGACAUCGAAGACGAACGAUCUGAAUUUCUUGGGAAAAUUGAACCAAUAAUCAAAAAUUGGACACGACAACUUCCGAAUCUCCGGGAAAUUUUUCGUCCCCAAGAAAUUGAUUUGCUUCUCAUGGAUUCUGCAGUCAACGUAAUUCUAGAUGGUCUUGAAAAUAAAGGAAGACUAUUCAUCGAAUUCGUCAUUAGGACCGGCUACAAGGACGAACCUGAAGUUGAUAAAGAGGCCGAGCAGCCUCUGGUGCAUCGUACCACUGCGGUGCAUCAAUUGUCGCAAUACUGUUAUUCUCGACAUUACCCCGAAUUGAUCUACAAUUUCUUCAGUAUAUAUGACAGAUUUGAUGUGAUUUACGCCGACGAAACCGGAAAUACUCAUUUUCACGUGGCCUGCUUCUACGGCUACGACGACAUAGUCGAGAAAUUUCUCGAAGCCGGCCAAGACCCCAAUUACCUCUGGUCUAGUACGGGUGAUUCACCAUUGAACUUGGCUCUGGAAAGCAAACACCUAAAUGCCGCCUGUUUGCUGCUGAAACACGGCGCCGAUCCGAACUUGGCCUGCAACGGAUUUACUCCUCUGCACUGGAUUAUGCUACUUCGCACAUCGUUCGAAGUUAGCUUGAUGCUUGAGAGUUUUUUCGAUAUUUGCGACGACUUGAAAAAGUCGGUGCAAAUCGAUGCUCAGGACGAGUGGGGUCAAACACCGCUUCUCUUGGCUUUGGCUCGUCACCACAGUCGUGACAUAGUCGAAUCGUUGCUGCGAAGAGGCGCGAAUCCACAUUUAGUCAAUGAGAAUGGAUUGUCGCCCAUAGACAUGAUUUGCUCGAAAUGGAGAGACGACGAGUUGGUGAACAUGUUCCAGAUCAUCGAUGAAAAGUAUCGGCUGGGACCAAUCGAUGCCCAGGACAAAGGCGUUAACACACCAUUACACGUAGCUGUGACUAAGGAUCUCAACAUUUUGGCCGAAUUCCUGUUGAGAAAAGGCGGCAGUCCAAAUUUACCCAAUGCACAGGGACGUACGGCUCUGCAUUUGACUUGCAGCAGACUUAAGGAAGGUGGUGCCGCGGAGUUAUUGGCGAUCUGCGAUGACGUUCAGCGGUCGGUGCAUAUCGAUGCUCAGGAUCAUGCGGGAGAUACACCAUUACAUUUGGCUCUGAGCAAGGGAUUGAUGGACACAGUUGAAUUGUUAGUGAGAAGAGGGGCCAAUCCGACUUUAGCCAACAAGGACGGAUUGACUCCUUUGCAUACCAUUUGCAACGAUAACCGCGACGAUGUCGAUUUGGCGAAGAUGUUAAUCGAACUCUCUAACGAAAAAGACCAUCCAUUGCAGAUCGACGCCGAGGAUCAUUUAGGUAACACCCCAUUAGACUUGGCUGUACAGCACGGACACAAAAAGUUGGAAGAGUUACUGCUGAAAAAUGGUGCUAUUCCGAAUUUAGCAUCACUAAAGAUUUGCUAGGAGACCUUCAGAGACAUCCAAAAGAAGAAAUUACUCUUCAAGCACUUGGAAAAAGGAGAAUACGAACUGAACGCUUUAACGAUCACGAAGUCGGUGAAUUUUGAAAAAUAUUGAUACAGUGGCGAAGAGUUCUAAUGCAGAGCGAAAGAAUGACGAUAUAAUUUUUUUAUGUCGGAUGUAUUUUAAUUUUGUACAUUUUUCUUAUCAUUUAAAUAC